GUAAAUUGAAUAAUUGAAGUUGAUCCGUCAGUUACUCAGCAGUGAACGAGAUGGAAUUGUGUAAAGUCGUUCUAUGUAAAUACAGAAUAUACGUUUAUGUCUUUAACUAAAUACGUAUUUCUUCCAUGUACAAUAAAAAUAUGGUGUUUCUUGGUCCGCAACUAUGAACAUGUCUAAGUGCCAAUAAGUAUUACAGCUUAAGUUUUUACUAAUGAAGUGUGGGAUCACUAUGUUUUUUAGAACUAUUUUCAGACGCAGCUGAUCUGAAUUCCGACUAAUGUUUCACAAAUUAUCUAGUAUUGAAAUAAAGAGGAGAAGGAGCUGAGCUCCACUGAGCUCCCAUGCAAAUCCAGCCGUAGUUACAACAAAAAUGGUAGUUAGAAGAAAUUAGAAGAAUACCAAGAAUGACAAAAUCACCUAGCUUUUUCUGCGCCAUAGUUUUGGCAAUCAUUGCGUUGACCUUGGCGAAAAGCUUAACAGGAAAAUCAUGCACAUCUGAUGAAAUUGCUCAAGAAGGAAUGCAUAAGCUGGCGAUUGCAAACAAUGACUUGGCACUAAAUCUUCAUCGAAAACUUUCAAAGGCAUCCCAAGGAAACGUGUUCUUUUCACCUUUUAGCAUCUCCAGUGCUCUUGCAAUGCUGUUUUAUGGAGCGAAGGGUGAAACAGCCGAAGAACUGCGUACAGCUUUGGGAUACAACAAAGCAAAUUUGGAAAAUGAACAAGUGCAUCAUAUUUUUAAUCAAUUUUUGACCCAAACUUUUUCAAAUCAAAAUUCCAACGCCUACGCUUUGAAAUCGGCAAACGCUAUCCUAGUCGACAAAUCUGUGGAUCUUAUAGAAGACUACAGACACGAAAUACAACGUUUAUACGAAGCUACUGUUCAAGACGUUGAAUUUGCGAAAGAUGCACCUGAAAUUGUAGCAGAGGUCAACCACUGGGUUAAGGAUAAAACUAAUGGAAAGAUCGAAAAGCUAUUGGACAAGUUAGAUCGUUCAACAGCCCUAGUUUUAUUGAAUGCAGUGUAUUUCAAAGGUACGUGGAAGAAGCAGUUUGAUGCAAAACGAACCCUUGUCCAAACAUUUUACAACAACGGACUUCAAUCAGGAGCAAAGAAUACAGAGAUGAUGCAUAUUAAAGAACAUUUCCCAUACGCAAAUAUCUUUGAUUGCCAAGCUUUGGAACUUCCUUAUAAAGGAGAGAACAUCAGCAUGCUGAUUUUGUUGCCAAACGCAAAAGAUGGCCUCACAUCCUUGGAGGAAAGUUUAACAGUAGACAAGCUCCAAGCCAUUCGAAAAGAAUUGUACAAGACCAAGGUCGACGUAGCUUUCCCGAAAUUCAAAAUCGAGUACGAUCAGGAAAUGUCAUCAUAUUUGAAGUCCCUUGGUGCAGGAAAGAUUUUCUCGCCAAGUUCCGAUCUUUCCGGCAUGACAUCAAAUAAAGUAUCAGUGAACCAAGUGUUGCACAAAGCCUUCGUGGAAGUAAACGAAGAGGGGAGCGAAGCUGCUGCUGUAACGGGAGUCGUUAUAAACAGGAUGCGACCAAUGCUUGAUGAUGAAACUGAUUUUGUUGCCGACCAUCCUUUUGUUUUUGCCAUUGUCGAUAAAAUAAGCGAUAUGAUUUUGUUCUUGGGUCAUGUAAAUACUUUGUUUUUGGCAAUCAUUGCGUUGACCUUGGCGAAAAGCUUGCCUUCAAAAUCAUGCACAUCUGACGAAAUUGCUCAAGAAGGAAUGCAUAAGCUGGCGAUUGCUAACAAUGACUUGGCACUAAAUCUUCAUCGAAAACUUUCAAAGGCAUCCCAAUUAAACGUGUUCUUUUCACCUUUUAGCAUCUCCAGUGCUCUUGCAAUGCUGUUUUAUGGAGCAAAAGGUGAAACGGCAGAGGAACUGCGUACAGCUUUGGGAUACAACAAAGCAAAUUUGGAAAAUGAGCAAGUACAUCAUAUUUUUAAUCAAUUUCUGACCCAAACUUUUUCAAAUCAAGAUUCCAACACCUACACUUUGAAAUCAGCAAACGCUAUCCUAGUCGACAAAUCUGUGGAUCUUAUAGAAGACUACAAACACGAAAUACAACGUUUAUACGAAGCAACUUUUCAAAAUGUUGAAUUUGCAAAAGAUGGACCGGAAAUAGUAGCAGAAGUCAACCGCUGGGUUAAGGAUAAAACUAAUGGAAAGAUUGAAAAGCUAUUGGACAAAUUAGAUCCUUCAACAGUCCUAGUUUUAUUGAAUGCUGCAUAUUUCAAAGGUACAUGGGAGAAGCAGUUUGAUCCGAAACGAACCAUCGCAGAAACAUUUUACAAUAACGGACUUCAAUCAGCAGCAAAAAAUACAGAGAUGAUGCACAUAACAGAACGUUUCCCAUUCACAAAAAUCUUCGAUUGUGAAGCUUUGGAACUUCCUUACAAAGGAGAGAACAUCAGCAUGCUGAUCUUAUUGCCAAACGCAAAUGAUGGCCUCACAUCCUUGGAGGAAAGUUUAACAGUAGACAAGCUCCAAGCCAUUCGAAAAGAAAUGCGCAAGAUCAAGGUCGACGUAGCUUUCCCGAAAUUCAAAAUCGAAUACGAUCGGGAGAUGUCAUCAUAUUUGAAGUCCCUUGGCGCUGGAAAGAUUUUUUCGCAAAGUGCCAAUCUUUCGGGCAUGACAUCUAAUAAAGUAUCAGUGAACCAAGUGUUGCACAAAGCCUUCAUGGAAGUAAACGAAGAAGGGAGCGAAGCUGCUGCUGUAACGGGAGUCCUUGUAAGCAGGUUGCGGCCAAUUGAUUUUGUAGUCGACCAUCCUUUCGUUUUUGCCAUUAUUGAUAAAAGAAGCGAUAUGAUUUUGUUCUUAGGUCAUGUAAAAGCUUUGUAAUAAAA